CUUCUGCCAGCUCCGAGUCGUCAGUCCGAGGGCGGCAGCCGGUGCUGGCGGUUCCUCCUACUGAGCCACCAUGGCUAGAGGCUGGAGAGGGAUCCUCGUGUCGACCUUGCUGGUGGUGUCUGCCGGCUGUUCCGCGGCGCAGCAGCAGCAGCAGGCCGCCCUGCCCAGCGCCACUGCCGACGAGGUCUUCACCAUCAUCGCAAGAGCAGUUCAGCAAGAGCUACGGCCAGUCGUCAGAAAACUCGAGUCUCGAGUGGAGUCGCUGAACAACAGACUGACUCUGCAGAUGGAAGAGCUGUCCAGUCAACUGAGUGGAAUCACUGCGAGACUCGACAGCCAGCUAUCACAACUGAGCGAGCUCAACACCCAGCUCAACGAACAAAAAUCACAGCAAGAGGAGACUGCAGCCACAGUGGACGGCAAUGUAGAACGACUAGAAUCCAACGUAACUUGGCUAGAAAAUCAACUGACAAAGGUGAUUGGACUGGCCAACAGACUCGACAGCCAGCAAUCACCAUCGGCCACACAGGAGAGCAUAGAUCGUCCGGCUUCCGAGGUAAAGCAGCUGCCUCCUCCCCGUGAUUGCAGCGGCCUGCCUGUCGACUCCCCAUCUGGAGUCUACCUCAUUCGACCCAGCAGUGACAGCCAACAACCACCCGUCGAGGCGUACUGCGACAUGGACACUGCCGGAGGGAACUGGACGGUGAUCCAACGACGAGACGAUAUGACACCCCGUCAGGACUUCAACCUCGGAUGGACGGACUAUAAGGAAGGCUUUGGAAAUCUAACCAAAGAAUUCUGGUGGGGCUUAGAACACCUAUUUCAGCUAACGUCAUCCAACCACCGACGGUACGAACUCCGUAUUGAGCUUCAGGCAUUUGACGGCAGUCAAAGAUACGCUACCUACCAAGGGUUCCGUAUCUCGUCUGAGGAGGACGGCUACACAUUGAGCGUCUCCGACUACUCGGGAACUGCCGGGAAUGGUCUGAAGUACAGCGUCAAUGAGAAGUUCUCUACCCGUGACCGUGACCAGGACGGCUGGUCUGACGUUCACUGUGCACAGGGCCGUCAGGGGCCCUGGUGGUACGACAGCGGGUGCGGGUACAGCAACCUGAACGGACGGUACCGGGACGGCGGUGAUGAGGACCGCACUGGAAUAUGGUGGUACACGUGGAGGAAAUUCGAGUCACUGAAGAAGGUCGAGAUGAAGAUCCGGCCCACCUAACUCAUCUACACACUAAGGAAGUCAUCACAGCUGUGGUGAACAGUGUACGUGACAGGUACAUGUGACAUGUACACAGUGCGGCGGCCACAGCCAUCGGCUCGGGCUGCCGGUGCUGUAAGGGCAGAACCAGUAUCUAUUGUGAGCAUGUAUGCUGGAGAACUUACCGGUUGCUUAUCUGCGGACGAACAGUAGCGUUUACAUACGUCUAUAAUGUUAUGUCCAGGGCACUAAAGUUAUGGCUAUGAUGCACGUUUUUCGUCGUUAGCUAACCCCUAUUUGUAUAUGGUAUUAAUGAAAUGUUCGGGAAAAUACAUUCAUUUAACACA